CUUUUCGGAGCUUGUGCUAAUAACGGUCAAAGGCAUAUUAGCUUGGAGCGACUAUGAUGAUUUUUAUCCAAAAAUUGAGAUUUUAUUAAUAAAGUCGAUCGUCUAGUAUUCGUUUAGUGUCUAUAGAACGAAAAAUAUAAAGUGAGGUCGAUGUAUUUUAGUAAUAUCCGACCAGAGGUCAAAGGCAGAAGACGAAGCUGCUACAACCAGAUGAGUGUAGGCUUUUAAUGCUUGGCGGCCGUGCUGAAUCCCGCGAUCAUGCCGGAGGUGGACUGCAACAGCAACACCCUGAACGCCGAGCUGGAGGUGAAGAAGCUGCAGGAGCUGGUGCGCAAACUGGAGCGGCAGAACGAGCAGCUGCGCACCCGAGCCGGCGGAGUGCUGUCACCAUCCCCGGUGUGCGUGCUCGGGAGCGCCGGUGGUUACUGCCUCCCCAGCCCGCUGCCCACCCUCCUCUGCGAGUCGUCCUUGGGGUCAUUCGCCGCGUCGGAGGAGCCUUUUGACUAUUUCCACCCGCACGGCGCCAGGGAUGGAGCGGCGGCUGCUGCAGCAGCUAGUGCGGCUGCGGGGGAGGAGGAGGAGGAGGAAGACGCAUCCGACCCGUCGGUUCUGGACGAGCUGGAGCUUCUGGAUUUGAAUUCCCUGAGCUGCUCAGAUGAGUCUGAUGAAACAUGGUUAUACAUGUCCUCAAAGGACAGCAGGUCGGAGACCACAAGCGACUCCCUCACACCGCUGCAGUGGUGCCGGCAGGCUCUGGACAGCCCCAAAUCGGAGGUGGAGUCCGCCAGGAGGUCGCUGUCCCUCCGACUGGAACAAGUCUCCAGGUGGCGUAGCUCCCUAUCCAGCCCCUCUCCCUCCUCCUCUCCCGGCCCUCCUCUGAGUCGAGUUGCCGGAGUGUCUCCCAUCAGUGCUUCCUCUCCGGCCAAACCCUGCUCCACUCCCCAGUCAUCUGAAAGACACGUUCCUUCCAUCUCCUCCUCGCUCCACCCGGUCCUCCAUCGGACUCUCAGUCCCAUCGGGAAGGAGCUCUCCCCUGUAGCUGAGAGGACCCCCACGUUCCUUCCUCACCCAGCCACCCGAAGUCGCAGCCUGCGGCGUUCCGCCCUCAGCCCGCAGUCAUCCCUGGACAGCGACCUCGGCGCGUCGGAGGCGGAGGACGACUCCAUCGCUCUGGGAUACAAGCUGCAGGACCUCACCGAUGUCCAGGUUAUGGCCCGGCUGCAGGAGGAGAGUCUAAGGCAGGACCUCGCCAGCACGUCGUCCGUCCUGGCCAACCGCCGCAGCCAGAGCUUCACCUUCCAGCUCAGCCAGCUCAGCACCGGCCCCGACCUGGAGGAGGAAGACGAGGAGGACGACGAAGACUACGGUCUCCUGCCGCCACCGCAGCCGCGCCUCACCCGCCUGCCCCACUCCCACACCUUCUCCAGCAUCCGAGACUGGCGAAGAAGCACCAGCUCUCUGUGCACCCCUCCUUCCACCCCCUCCACCCCUCCGUACCCUUCCGCUGGGUUCGCCGUUCAACCUGCGCUCCAGGCCCAGCCUCAGGGGGGUUUGGGGCUGGGGCUGGGCAGUACCUGCGCAGCCGAGCAGCAGGGCUUCAGACCAGGAUCAGCCGAAUAUGAGAAUAAGCUGCGGAGGAGUAUGCCCAACCUCGUCAGAGCUCCCAGCAUGCCCAGUGUGCCCAUACCAGCCAAUCCCAGUGCUUCCCCUUCUUUGCUUCGUAACAGCCAGAGCUUUGAUUCGUCCAGCGGGCUGGCUCGACUGCAGUCCUCCAUCCCUUCUCCAGGCCAACUCCAAAACAGGGUCCAGAGCGUUGGGAACUUCUCCUCAUUGUCCCGGCCGCCUCUGAAGGCCACCGCCUACGUCAGUCCCACUAUCAAAGGCUCACCGUCCAUGCCCACCUCCAUCAGCCUCCAGUCUCUGAACAGCAGCAGCAGCGGUGGGAGUAACAGCGGGAUCCCUUUGCUCAGUAAACCUGCAGGUGGAGCGGGGACACCCACCGCCUCCACCUCAAGCACUGCACGCAGCGGCCUGCCCCGCCCCGCCUCCUUUGUUGGUACCACAAGCUCCGCCCCCCGCAGCAAGGUGGCCCAACCAGCACGAAGUUUACUGACUCCUCCAAAGAGCUUGUCCACCCUGAGUGCCCUACGCGACAGCACGUGGCGAGACGGCUGCUACUGACGAACAGACGCGGCGGUGCGGUAGUGCAGUGGCGCCCCGCUGGCUGGGGUGACUCGCUGCUCCUCAACAUCACGUUUUCCGUGGAGACACUGAAAGGUUUUUGACCAAAAAGUAACUGUUGAUGACCUUAAACCUGAGAUCCUGCAUAGAAUAGUUGGACGGCGGCCGAGGGUCUUCAUGAACCCAUCCCUCAGAUUCUAUGCAGAAUUUCUUCGGGGAAGUCGGGUUUUCUUUAUCUGCGUUUGACCGUUUGCACGUCAGCCCCUAAAUUCGCUGACUGCUACACAAUCGACGAGUUUGGUCUGUGCCAACGGGGAGCUGUUCCCUGCUGCUCUUGUGCAAUAAACUGCUGACUGUUGGGUACCAGUAAUACUAACCCACUAAAGAGGGCUGCCAGUUUUUUCUUUAAAUGAGCCUUGUGAUACUGUCUAUCACAUUUAUUUAUAUCACAUUUAUUUUCAAUAAAUAAAAAGAUUUGACUAAUCAGGUAAAGGUUUUUUUUUUGGUUUGUUUUGCCCCCCAUGGCAACAAGCACCUGUGAUGCUGCUAAAGUUUAAUCAGUCCCUGUUUGUUUGGGCAUAUUUGUUCCAAUUUUUACAAGAAACAUCUUAAACAAUGUAUUCAUGUACAAAUCUAACUAUUAAGUGUGCAUACAUACAUACAUACAUUAUUAAUUGAUCCAAUAUUCAGUUUUAAAUGUAAAUCUUGACCAAAAUAUCUGAAUGUUUACACAAGUUUUGUGCAUAUUAACACUUUAAAAUUGUCUGACCGACGAGGGGGAACAGUUCUUGUUGCACUUUGUAUAAAAUCUCUUAAUUUGUUUCUCUUUUUUUUUUUUUUGUUGUUUACUAACAUUUGCACUUAUUUGUACAUUUGAUCUUAUGAAUUUAAAGUGAGUAAACUGCUGUUAACAUGUUCUGGGGACGUUUCGCAGUUGCAUACGGCCUAAUGUAGCACCGUCUGUAAUAUUCACCACGGCACAUUUCACAAAACCCUGACACGUUUGUUACUGUGAUGGACCGAAUGAGUGAAACAUUUUAAUAAAAUGUUCUAAAUUAAA